CUUGAUCGGGUCUGUGGUGCUGGCAGUGUAGAGGUGGCGGCCCGGGAGCCUUGCGCGGCCCCGGCUCCCGGAGUGCGGCGAUGGGGCUGGGCUCUAGCUCCGAGAUCCCCGACGGGGGCGCUGAGGGCUUUCAUGUGCACGGGGUUCAAGAAAACUCUCCAGCUCAGCAGGCCGGGUUGGAACCUUUCUUUGACUUUAUCAUCACAAUAGGACACACCAGGCUAAAUAAAGAAAACACCAUGUUGAAAGAUCUGUUGAAGGCAAAUGCUGAGAAGGCAGUGAAGCUGGAGGUGUACAACAUCAAAUCAAUGAAAGUGCGCGAGGUGGAGGUGAUCCCUAGCAACAUGUGGGGCGGGCAAGGGCUACUCGGAGCCAGUGUGAGGUUCUGCACUUUCCAAGGAGCUAAUGAACACGUGUGGCAUGUUCUGGACGUAGAACCCGCUUCCCCUGCAGCUCUAGCUGGUCUGCAGCCCCACACGGACUACAUUGUUGGAUCAGAUCAAAUACUUCAGGAGUCAGAGGAUUUCUUCUCACUGAUUGAAUCCCAUGAGGGGAAGCCAUUGAAGCUGAUGGUGUAUAACACGGAAACCGAUUCCUGCCGAGAGCUAUUCGUAACUCCCAAUGGAGCCUGGGGUGGAGAAGGAAGUUUAGGAUGUGGUAUUGGAUAUGGCUAUUUGCACAGAAUUCCAACACAACCUGUUAUGUCAAAGAAGCAGCAAGAAGAAAUCAAACCACCUUCACCUUUGCCGUUGCAAGACAGAUCCCCUGUGCCAUUUACAAAUGGCUACAUAGAGGCUCCAUUGUUGGCACCUAAUUCCCAAAGGGACAGCUCUGAAGAAGUUAUGAACUUGGAUGAAUCCACAGGUCAAGAAAUGAAUAUGUAUUCAAUGGAAAACGCACUUCUCCCUCCUCCUCCUCCUCCUGUCCAAAGAGUUAUGGAUCCAGGUUUUCUAGAUGAGUCUGGUGUUUUGUUUCCUGAAAUUGUUGACUUAACGAAAAGGCUUAACUUACCUUCCUCUGCCCCCUUCAACAUGUCAGCUGCAGAAUCUUUGGGAAGGACUGAAAGUUUAAUACCUAACGAUGGAACAACUACUUAUUUUGAGCACGCCACGGCUUCAGUCCCUGCCGAUCUGACCACAUAUGCUGAGGGCUCAGUUACACAGUCACAGUUGGACCAUUUAAUGCCUUCGCUUUCCCCUUUACCGUCCUUUGCUCUUCCUAAUGAUAUUUCUUCAAAGGCAACAGUAAGAACAGAUUCUGAUGCUCCAGAAAUUGAACUACUUGAGGCCUUACCAUCCACUAACCCACUGAAACUUGACAGCGAUGAAAAGACACAUGAACUGAAAGAAGCUAUACAAGACUAGCACUAAAAAGGACACUUCCUUAAAUCGUCAGUCUGCCAUAUGCUGUCAUGCUACAUCUCAAAUGUUGACUUUUUGAUCUCUAGUGAUAAUUACAACUAUUCUAUGUUGUUAGCAUAGGCAAUGCUGUAAGAGUAUACAGGUCCCGUACGCAGCACUUGUUAUCUCUUCUCAGCAUUGUUUGCUAGAUGGAACUUUAUUUAAAUGUUAUGCAGACUCAGAUUAGCCUAUUGAUCAUGCAUCUAUUUGUCCUUUCAAAAAUACCAGUUUUUAAAAAUUGAAUAAUCUGUUGGAGAUUAGAAAAACUCACUAUUUUUUCCUCUAUUAACAAGCAUUAUUACAACUGUUUUUAAUUUGUUGAUCCAAAGGCAUAAUUGCUUUUAUGUAAAGAAUAAGCUACAUUUGAAUGACUAUAUUCCCCUGGUAUCUUUUACAGCAUUAAGAAAAAUGCUAGUCAUAAUUUUGGCUUUCUGGAGAACAAUUUUUAUAUCUUGACUCAAUUUUCAGAUCAUAUAGUUCCAAAAGAAACUUUGUUUUAUACAGACUUCUUAAUUAACAUGAAAGUAAUGCAAACUUUAUUUAACUUGUUUUGGAGCUAAGUGUUCCGCUGCCUUUUGUUUAGGGAGUCAAUGGGAGUGAAUUUACUGGUUGCCAUAAAGUUAUUUUUGCAGGAAAUUAGUGCAUCAUAUACUGUGUGAUACAGAACUGCAAGUGGCUGUGAUUGGCAUUCGGUAGAUUGUUCAUUGGGCUGGAUUGUGGUCUUUUACAAAGAACUUUUUUUAAAUGAAGUUGUAAGGGAAAUGUUUUUGUGGCGUUAAAAAUUAACUAAGUUGAUUUCUGUUUAAUCAGACUAUGGUUUUAAGAUGAAGCACAUGGUUUGAUUCUGGGAUCACUAAAAUUUUAAAUGGACAUGAAUAGUCUGUUAGAGGUAAUGGGUUGACAGUGAAUAGCCUUGGUACUGGUUUUUAUUAAUCUGUUGUGUAUUUUCCCAUUUCUUAGCUAUUUUUGAUAUAAAUCUAUAGGUGUAAAACACUGGAAUAGAACAUAUUGUGUAAUAAUCUGUACUGCUUUUAUAUAUUUUGUUUUGUUUUCAAACACUUCCUAUACUUUUAAACACUUAUUUUACUUCAUGAAUAUUUGCUAUUACUGUUCAACCAAUUGUCAAGCUACCAGCAUGGGACCCUUCUCAUUACUUAGGUGGCAACUUCUUUGACAUUUUUAAGUACAAUGGAGUUGUUCCAAUCCUCUUCUCCUACUGGUGUUGAUCGGGAGCAACUUCACUGUGGUCAUUUAUGCUGAUGUAAAUCCAAUAUAAAUGAAGAGAAUGAGGUCCAGUGAGGUCUAAAAUGCAUCUUACUUGGAAAACAGUUCCUGGCAAUGGAAAAUAUUAACUGGCAUUUUUCCAUCAUCCUACAUAAGAUACUGUGUAUUUCAUAGACUUCAGUAUAUUUAGGAUAAUGUCUUUGAGCCAGGCUGUCUUGGUCUGUUGUCCUCACAUGCAGUAAUCAGGAUUUAGAAGAGUGGUGUAGAUGAAGCCACAACACAAGGAGGCAGAUCCUGAGCUGGUGUAGGUUGUCAUAGCCGCAGUGGAGCUGUGGGUCCUCUGCACAGUUUCUUAGAUCACUGUGCAAUUUCUUAUUAAACUCUAGUUUGACAGGACAUAUGGUAUCUGUCUAAACAGGAUGGCCAAAAUAUUUUUACUCUUUAUAGAGAAGAACAUAUCAAGCAUUAAGCACAGGGGAUUUGCAAUUAAAAUAUUUGCAGUUAAAGUUUGA